UGAAUUUGCAUCGUCUCGUCAAAAUACGUGUGUGCAACCAAUCAAACCUGUCAAAAUGUAUUUUUUCAAAAAUAGUUCGCGAAGAGAUAAUUAAUAACGAGAGAGAUCUCCAAACCCCUGUGUAAAAGCCGCGGCCUUUUUGUUUCAAACAUGAGAGAAGAAAUACAAUGGCAAAAAAAUUUGUACGAAAAUUACGGAUUGCCGGACAACUACACGGAUAGUUCUUUCUUGGAACAAUUGCGUAAAAAUAUUAAACCGAAUAACGUGACGUUGGUAGAUGCGAUAAAUCUGGGUGCUGAUAUAACCAUACAAUUGAGCAUAGUCGUGCUUUUUGUCAUAAUAUUUAUUUGGUUAAAUAACGAGUGGGUCACUCCGGAUAUUGUUACAAUAUCCGGAAGCGUUCUGACAAGUCUCGGGUAUUUUGUUUACAAUGUAAGAACACCCGAUCGGCGUUCGAAUCUGUCGAAAGACUUGUGGACCGUGUUUAUAUUUUUGACGUUCGGUUAUAUAUUGUCGCCAAUUUUGAAAACUUUAACCGAGACAAUCAGUACCGACACAAUUUACGCUAUGACAAUAUUGAUGUUUCUCACCCAUUUGAUAUUUAGCAAAUACGGAUUAUCGCAGAUCUCAUUGUCGGAUUCGUUGUCGGUAACUUCUUCAAUUUUUGGAUCGUUAAUGUUGGCCUCCAGAUUGGCGUCCCCGUUACACGCCUUCACACUUCUAACGGUGUCGGUUCAGUGUUUUGUACUCUUGCCGUAUUUAUUAUCACAAACGAGUAACAAGAUUGUUAUAUCAGCCGUUCUCUCAACUGGUACCGUGUAUUCGCUUGUAUUCAUUUCGCAAACAUUCUUAUACGUUUUUGUCACUGCCGUAACGAUCAUUCACUUUAUUUGUCCACUUUGGUACAUCAGGUGUCAAAAAUUCAAAGAUAACAUUUACGGUCCGUGGGAUGAAGCAGUGAUUACUUCCUAAGUAAAAUUGAUUUUUGCAAUCAU